CUCCCUUUCUCUGCCUGCCUUCUUUCUCCUUUCUCUCUCACUCUUUCCACCCCACCUUUGGGCCAGAUGCUGUCUUUUCUCCCUUCUUCCUCGCGGAAGAUGGGAGGGGGGUACCUUAGAAAGAGGGAGAGGGAUUGUGGAGUGUGCAAAUGCUCAGAUAAUCCUCACGCCUCCCCAACCAUGAGCGAUCGCUAGUGUAAGUUGCCCGUAGUCUGCGUCCCGGUGAGCCCCCGACCCCCCAGUUCUCUCCCCAGAUGCCAACCUUGGCACCCUGAUGCCCCAUCGGCACUAGCUACCCCACCUCCGGGUCCCUGCUUCUCCCGGGGUGGGCUCCCUGGCAGCCAUUCGGCGCCUGGCUAAUAAAUGAGCACGGGAAACUUUAUCAGGACCCGAGGUGCCCAGAGCUGGUGCUGCUGUGGGGACCGGUCGGGUCUACAUUCUUGCAGGCACGGCUGGCACGCAGCUCUGGGAUGGGCAGUUCGUCUGGCCGUCGCCGUUAUGGAUUGGGCAGCGGCGGGAGUAUGGCAGGAGGAAACUUACACCGCAUCCUUCUGUCUGGGUCCUGCUGAUGGCAGAAGGACCAGGCUGCUCAGCCUUUGCUCUGAGGCAGCUCUGAUCCAGGUGAAAGAACUCGUCCUGGACAACUGUCGGUCAAUUGAAGGCAAAAUCAAAGGCCUCACAGAUGAGUUUGAAGAACUGGAAUUCUUAAGUACAAUCAACGUAGGCCUCACUUCCAUUGCGAACUUACCAAAGUUAAACAAACUCAAGAAGCUUGAACUAAGCGAUAACAGAAUCUCAGGGGACCUGGAGGUAUUGGCAGAAAAAUGUCCGAACCUUAAGCAUCUAAAUUUAAGUGGCAACAAAAUAAAAGACCUCAGCACAAUAGAGCCGCUGAAGAAGUUAGAGAAUCUCAAGAGCCUAGACCUGUUUAACUGUGAGGUGACCAACCUGAAUGACUACCGAGAAAACGUGUUCAAGCUCCUGCCCCAGGUCACGUACCUCGAUGGCUACGACAGAGACAACAAGGAGGCCCCUGACUCUGAUGUUGAGGGCUACGUGGAGGAUGACGACGAGGAAGAUGAGGAUGAGGAGGAAUACGAUGAGUAUGCCCAGCUAGUGGAAGAUGAGGAGGAAGAGGAUGAGGAGGAAGAAGGGGAAGAAGAGGACGUGAGUGGAGAAGAGGAGGAGGAUGAAGAAGGCUACAAUGAUGGGGAAGUGGAUGAUGAGGAAGAUGAAGAAGAUGCUGGUGAAGAAGAAAGGAGUCAGAAGCGAAAACGAGAACCCGAAGAUGAGGGCGAAGAGGAUGACUAAGGGGAAUGAACCUAUUUGGGGAGAUUCCUGUUGUGAUUUGACUGUUUUUACCCAUAUCCCCUCCCCCUCCUAUUCCUGCCCCCCCGAAACUUAUUUUUUUCUGAUUGUAGCGUUGCUGUGGGAAUGAGAGGGGAAAAGUGUACUGGGGGUUGCCGGGGGUGGGGUGGGGGGUGGGGGAGGAAUAAAGUACUAUUUUUACUGCCACUCUUCAUUCCCCCCUCCUUUUUCCAUGUGUCUGGUUUUGUCCCCGUAAAUGCAAUAGCUUAGUACGCACCAAGCAAGUGUUCGUUCUUACUCUCUGGAGAAGGUGGCUUUGAGGUCUCUUAACAUUUUUUGGUAUGUUCCACAUCCCCAGAGUUGUUGGGAGGCUGUGGCUGGCCUCCACCAGGUGACUCACGGCCCCUGUCUUCAGUAACUCUGAUCUGGUUCAUGCGGUCUCUGCUGGAGGCACCCAGCACCCGGGUUUGUAAAUAGCUACCUAAAGGCGUAUUUUGGCACUGGUUUGGGGACAUUCCCCCUCUCUCACCCCUUUUCCCCCUUCGCAGAUGGCAGUGGGCUUUGCUUUUGCAAAGAGAACUUGUGUUACUCUGAAGCCAUGAUCCCGUGAGCCAAAAAAAAAAAGGCAGGCUUAGGAGAUACGAGCAAAAUGGGCUUGGUAAUCAUGAAAAUCGGCGAACCUUCAUAUUUCAACUUCUUUUAAAAAAAAAAAAAUAACCUGUCCUAUCUUGUUCUGUAAAAUAUUAGAGCAGUUUGUUUUGCAGAAAUAACAGAAGGACUCGAUUCAGGAGCUCCAGCUUAGAACCUUUUUACAAAUCUAAGCUCUGGGGGCCCACUGCAUGUCCACUGGGGUUUUGUUUUGUUUUGUUUUCCUUCUUGCAUACAUUGGAGCACGGAAAAGGAAUGCAAAAUUGUAUUUUCUUACCUAGUGGGACUCUGAAGUGACCGCAGGUUCCUCCUAGCGAAUGCUGUUUGCUUUCACCGUCACCUUCUGGAUUGCUUUAGAAGUGACAACGCGCUGUUCCUGCUCUGUCUCUCUGUACAAAGAACAUCUGCAACCCAUUUUUCUCCCACCCUUGAGAAGAGCCAAACUUUGAGUUUUAUGUCUGUUUGUCAUUGAUAAAUUUCAAUAAAUCUUUUUUAUACAA